UUUGAACCACUAAAAAAAAAAAAUUAUGUACAGUAAGUCUUCUAUGCAAGUCUUCGAGGAAAGUAAGACGAAGUUUCUCCUCUCCCUCUCUCUCUCUCUCUCUCUCUCAAUCUAGGUAUUGCUAAUUUACACAUCUUCGUCUCUUUUCCCUAUCAUCUCCAUGGCGGCUUCUUCUUCUUCUGGCAGCCGGAGAUACGACGUUUUCCCAAGCUUCAGUGGGGAAGAUGUCCGCAAGACGUUCCUCAGCCAUCUUCGUAAGGAACUCGACCGCAAAUCAAUCAUCACAUUCAUGGAUCAUGGGAUCGAGAGAAGCUGCCAAAUCGCCCCUGAGCUUUUAAAGGCGAUUAGAGAAGCGAGGAUCUCAAUGGUCAUCUUCUCUAAGAACUAUUCUUCUUCCACGUGGUGCUUGAAUGAAUUGGUUGAGAUCCACAAGUGUUACAAGGAGUUGGAUCAAAUGGUUAUACCCGUUUUCUACGACGUCGAUCCUUCUGAUGUUAGAAAACAGACGGGUGAAUUUAGUAAAGUCUUUGAAGAGACAUGCAAAGACAAAACAGAAGAUGUGAAACAAGAAUGGAAAAGAGUUCUAUCAGAGAUAGCAAGUAUAGCCGGAGAGCAUCUUCAGAACGGGAGUGACGAAGCAAGUGUUGGUGCGGGAUUUAGCACCCCCGACAUACCGAACUAAACCAGAAAGACAAUUUGGUUAUUUAACUGGGAAUCCGGUUAAGAACUCAGUUAGGUCAUUUAAGCCCACUUCGGGUAGAAGAAGCCCAACCUCGAGGGUGAAGAACCGACUUCCACUUCGUCUAGCGGCCGAUCUAAGAGAUAGAGUAACUUUCCUUAUUUCAGUUCGUCUCAUAAGUAAAGUUAAUAUCUAUGAAUAUGUAUAAAGGGGGAAAGACUUCUCCAUUGUAAAUCAUCCUUUAUUGAAUACAAUUAUUCAGUUCUCUU